AUGGAGAAACGCCGGUCUGAAUUGACUCCAGAGACGCGAGCGGUUCUCGUGGACUCGUUGGUGAAGCUAGCGGAAAAGAAACAGCUUCGCCCCGAAACUCUGUUUCGCGCCGUCGCCUACAUAGACAGAUACCUGUCUCUGGAUCAUCGGAUUCGUACCACCACACGACGCCGUCUUCGUCUACUCGCUGCUUCUUCAAUGCUCAUUGCCUCCAAGUACGAAGAAGUUGACCAACUUGAUGUGGCGGAUCUUGCCGACAUCGCGGGUACUAAAUCCAGACAGGAGUUGCUCAAUAUGGAAGUGGAGAUACUGAAGAAGUUGAAAUUCGAAAUGGGUGCUCCCACGACACACACGUUCCUCAGUGAGCUUUGUGAAGUUGUUGCUCAAGAGGAACCCGUGAAAUCGCAGCUCCACUUCAUGGCUUCCUACGUGGCUGAGCUGAGUUUGUGGGAUUGUCGUCUCGGCUCCGAGUUCUCUCCGUCUCUAGUUGCUGCGUCGGUGAUGUUUCUCUCCAGAUUCAUAAUCAAGCCGGAUGCUCACCCUUGGAAUGAUAGCUUACAAAGCCACUCUGGAUACAAGCCACCGCAGCUAAAAGAAUGUGUACUUAUCAUGCGCGAUGAUCUGCAUUCAGGCCGAAAAAGAAAACGCGACGACGACUCGGACUAUGUGCGUAGCAAUUCAAAUGUGUAG